GGAAAUUUUUUGCAAGCAGCAGUAUUUGAUUGUCCCGCAAAGUGUGUUGUACAAGAUAACAGCAGCGAUAUAGAGUUAAAAAAGUUGCGUGUAUAAACACAAGCAGUGCUAAAUUAUAACAAAUUUGUUAACAAAACUAAACAAAGAAAUUUAAAUACAAGUUUUUAAACAUGUCUGACGAAAAGAAGGGAUCUGAAACAGAACACAUUAACUUGAAAGUUUUGGGCCAAGAUAAUGCCGUCGUACAGUUCAAAAUCAAGAAACAUACACCUCUCAGAAAAUUAAUGAAUGCUUAUUGUGACAGAGCGGGUUUAUCUAUGCAAGUUGUUCGGUUUCGCUUUGAUGGUCAACCCAUCAAUGAAAAUGACACUCCUACCUCCUUGGAAAUGGAAGAAGGCGAUACUAUUGAAGUUUAUCAACAACAGACGGGUGGCGACAACAGCAACUAUUAACUUUUUUUAACAUUAAUAAUAUAUUCUAAAAAAUAAAAAAAAAACAAAGUAAUACACAAAAUUAACUUUAUUCAUAUAAUAAAUAUAAAAAACAAAACUCAUAAAAAUGGAAAAUAAUACUUUUUAAUAUAUAUUUAACAAAAAUAUAACAAAAUGUCAUUAAAUUUAUCAAAAAAAAAAAAAAACAAAAAUAUAAUAAUAAUAGCUCACACAAACAAAAAUUUGAAAAUAGUAAUAGAAACUAUAAUAAUUUCAUCGAUUUUCUUUAAGGCGGCACGGCUGUGCUAGCUGAGAUAAUCGCUGUUUAAUAUUUAGAUAUGACGUUUAAAUAUAGUCUAGCAUUUUUUUUUUUAAAUAAAGGAUUUGUUUAAACGUACAUUUUAUUUUCCCCACAAAAAAAGUUUCUUUUCGAAAUUAUUGUAUUUUUUAUGAAUUAUUUAACAAUUUUGUUACGUUUUGUAUUGAUUCUGCUCCAAAACAAAAUGGCAAAAAACACCUCUUUCAUGUAAAACUUUUAGUUCUUAAAAGAAAAUCCGAUAGAAUCUAUGUUUUAGUAUUGUAAUUGAAAAAAAAUAGAAAUCCAAUAAAUAAAGGCGAUUGAUAUAUGGAUAUAAAAA